GCGCGAGCAUGGCGGGCUGGUGGCGGGUGCUGCCGCGCGCGGCCCAGCGCUACCCGUGGCCCACCAACGUGCUGCUCUACACCGGGCUCUACUCGGCCGGCGACGCGCUGCAGCAGCGGCUGCGGGGCGGCCCGGCGGACUGGCGCCAGACGCGGUGCGUGGCCACCGUGGCCGUGACCUUCCACGCCAACUUCAACUACGUGUGGCUGCGCCUGCUGGAGCGCGCGCUGCCGGGCCGCGCGCCGGGCGCCGUCCUGGCCAAGGUGCUGUGCGACCAGGCGCUCGGCGGGCCCAUCGCGCUCUCGGCCUUCUACGUCGGUAUGAACAUUGCCCAGGGAAAGGAUGAUAUAUUUUUGGACCUGAAACAGAAAUUCUGGAAUACAUACAAGACUGGUCUGAUGUACUGGCCUUUUGUACAGCUGACCAACUUCAGCCUUGUUCCUGUUCACUGGAGAACAGCUUACACGGGACUCUGUGGUUUUCUCUGGGCCACCUUCCUUUGCUUUUCCCAGCAGAGUGGUGACGGUACAUUGAAGUCAGUGUUCACCUUCCUUCGUAAAAAGGAGGCCAGCACAGUUGAAAGGCCCCCAGAGAAAUGAGAAGUCAAGGACUCUCUUUAGUGACUAAAUUUUUGUUCCAAAAUGCACUGGAUUGCCUGUAGAGAAAAUACUUGACUUACCAGUUAUGUGCUUCCUUUUGAAGAAUUACUAUUCUGUAGACCCACUUGUUUUCUAAUUAUCAAUGAUUAUUUUGAAUUGUACUCAAACCUUUUUUUCCCCCCAUUCUAGUCUGAAAGUCUUCUCUAAUAUAUUCGCUUCUCUAAUAUUUUGGUUAAUGUCAAUAACAGUGGCAAAAAUGGCAUUUUAGAGUUAUUAAUAUUUCUAUUCUAAUAUUUUAAUUCUAGUUUCAGGAACCCCAGUUUUGACCGUUUAUAUCUCUAUUCUAAAAUCUCAGGUUAUCUCCUAAACGCUUUUGGGUCAGAUUAUCUUUUCUACCAGAAAUAGUCCUUAUAGUGAAUUUGUAUUUACAUAAAAUCAAA